AUGCAUUUAUACAUUUCUACAAUGUCCAUAAAUUCUCUUGAAAAUAAGAAUGUUAACUUCAAAUCUCUAAAAUACACUGUACAUUUUAAGACUGACUGUCCUAGAUUAAGAGCACACUUCACAAUGGACUGUGGGUUUGGAUCCCUGAUGGCUUCUAUACAUUUCAGGGAGAACAGGUGUGAUAUGAAUGCAGAUUUAAAGUUUUUAAUUUCUUUUUUAAAAAAUAAAUUAUUUCUGAAGCAUACAAUUUAUAAAAAUUCUAUAUACAAGGUACAGCAACUGGUAACAAACCCCAGUUUUAAUACACUUUAUAUAAAAGUACCAGGGUUUAGCACCCUGAUAAAAGCAGAAGCAAUAUAUAUUCUCUGCAUAUUUGUACAUACAACUCCUUGA